AUGCAAUCGCGUGCGCAGAAUGUUGGCAUCAAAGCCGUGGAAUUGUACUUCCCAAAUCAAUGCGUCGAUCAGACUGAACUUGAAAAGUUCCUAGGUGUCGCCCCAGGGAAAUUCACGAUCGGCUUGGGGCAGACGCAAAUGGCAUUUUGCGACGACCGUGAAGACACAUACUCUAUGGCGCUCACGACAGUCUCAUCUCUACUUCGGAAAUACAAUGUUGAUCCAAAGUCGAUUGGGCGGCUCGAAGUUGGCACCGAAUCGCCGCUUGACAAAUCCAAGUCUUGCAAGACGGUGCUCAUGCAGCUCUUUGAGCCGUAUGGCAACACGAACAUCGAAGGCUGCGACACCAUCAACGCCUGUUACGGUGGUACGAAUGCCCUGUUCAACACGAUUAGCUGGGUUGAGUCAUCGGCCUGGGAUGGGCGGGACGCCAUCGUUGUGGCUGGCGACAUUGCGCUGUACAAUCAGCCAGCCGCAAAACCAACGGGAGGGGCUGGAUGCGUGGCCAUGCUGAUUGGACCGAAUGCUCCCUUGGUCUUUGACGCCGGGUUGCGAGGAUCCUACUUCAAGCACGCCUACGACUUUUAUAAGGCCGAUUUCAAAUCCGAGUAUCCCUUGAUCGAUGGCCAGUAUUCCGUCCAAUGCUACACCCAAGCAGUGGAUGCCUGCUACAAGAGCUACCACGACCGGAAGGACACUCUCAGGACAUUGCUGAACGGCGUAUGCAAAGAUUCGGAGCCGGCCGGCAGCGACGCCGACCUACCACUCGACUACUUUGACUACAUGGUCUUCCAUGCCCCGACCUGCAAGCUCGUGGAGAAAUCCUUCGCGCGCUUACUGUACAAUGACUUUUUUCAGAAUCCCGACCAUCCGCAAUUUGCCUCAGUCGCCCCGGAGCUGAGGAAAUUAAGUCCCAAAGAAAGCUUGACUAACAAGGAGGUUGAGAAGACGUUUGUGGCGCUCGCGAAGAAACGUUUUGCCGCGCGCGUGCAGCCCGGCCUCAUGGUACCUACCAUUGAGAAGCUUCAAGACAAGCGCAUCGGCCUCUUUAGCUACGGCAGCGGCCUUGCAAGCUCCCUCUUCAGCUUGACUAAAAGGCAUGUCUUAUCCCCAGAGGCAUACGAUGAGGCUUGCAAAGUACGGGAGAAGGCAUAUCAAAAGAACAACUAUACGCCAGUUUCGGAUCUCACCAGACUGGUUCCAGGAACGUACUACUUGGCGGGUGUUGACGAAAUGUUUCGUCGGACGUAUGAAGUUAAAUGA